AGCUGCCCUGCAUAUAGCCUGUUUAAAAGCCUGUUUUUUUUUUAUUUUCAAUGUAAAAUAUUAAAUGAGUAAAAGUAUAGGCAUAACAGUGCAAUGCGUAUAUUACUCUAGCCUAAAAUAUAGUUACAACUAUGUUGUAAAAACUAUGAAUAUAUCAGUAGCUAACAUGUAUGAAUCCUUUUAUUUGUGGGUGUCCCCAAAAUUCCCUGCGCGAACCACUAUACUUACGUUUUACGUUUUAUUUAUGAAAUAUGCUUAUUAAAUUUUUUUUUUUUUUUUUUUUUGCAUUUUAUGGUGUUUAGCCUAUUUAUUGUUUAUAUUUUAAUGUCAUGUGCUAUUGGCGUUUUUGCGUUUGUGGGUAACAUUUCCUAUAUUAGUUACAGAUUUUAAUAUUGUUUUAAUAUCAUAUCCUCAUACAAGUAUGAGUAUAAAAAUAUAGGCUAUAAGUCACCAAAAUGCCUGUAACGUCGUCAUUAUGGUAAAGUACAACCACUCAGCUGCCAGAUUUUACCAUAAAUGUACCCAAAACAAUUAAAGGUGCAUAAUUAUUUUGGAAAUACCUGCAAACACAAGCAAAGCAUUCUAAUCUAAGUAACCAAAUAUAGCCCAUCACUGCAUCUUUAAUCGUCCUUCAGUGUGUAACACAGGCUUAUUUCGGACGAGAGCAGUUACGCCCAGUACCACAGACCGCCGGGCGUGCCAGGGCUCCUCUGUCCACUGCGCGCUAUAUCAUACUGCGCUGCAGCAUCCGGAGGACCGGGCAGGACGAGCACUACUUCUCUCUGCACAGCUCCAUACGCAUUCUGGAUGACUGUAAAUGCGCAAUGAUAGAGUCACUGUUUGCCGUUCCGUCAGCUGUCCGAAAUGAAACUCCUGGUUUAACACGGGUGCUGCAUAUGUUUAAUUAUUCAUAACUGUUAUGUUUGUUUUGGAUGGGAAUUGUCUCGGUAUAUUUUCAAGGAACGAUAUGAAUGUGACGUGCAGCGGCUUUCUGAAGGAGAAGAGCAUCCUCGCCGUCACCGGGGAGCGGGAUCGGGCGUGUAACGGAGCAUCUUUUCUCUCAGCUGGACUAUAGUGCGGGGCCGCUGCUGUUGCUAAAGCCUGUAUGAUUCUCUUGAGCUCAGAGGAAUGAAUUGGACAUUUUUAUAAGGAAACACACUGCCAGAGAGACGUUUGAUUAACUCAACGCGUCAAAAAAGCUCUUGGUAUGGCUGCGAAGUCCUUAGAUCCGGGGUCGGUUUCCAUUCCCAUGGAGGAGACUAAGCGUGCGGGAGGAGCCCCUACAGAUGCCGCCAUGCUGACCCACCUGAAGAAGGUGGAGAACCAUAUUACAGAGGCACAGAGGUUUUCUCACCUGCCUCGGCGUUCAGCGGUGGAUUUGGAGUUUACAGAGCUUUCCUACACCAUCCGUGAGGGCCCCUGUUGGAGGAGGCGAGGAUUUAAGGCCCUUCUGAAGUGUCUGUCCGGAAAGUUCUGCAGUCGGGAGCUUAUCGGAAUCAUGGGACCGUCAGGAGCCGGCAAGUCUACUCUCAUGAACAUUCUCGCCGGCUACAGAGAGACUGGCAUGAAAGGUCAGAUCCUGGUAAACGGGCGACCUCGUGACCUCCGCACCUUUAGAAAAAUGUCGUGUUAUAUCAUGCAAGAUGACAUGCUACUGCCAAACCUAACAACACGAGAGGCAAUGAUGGUUUCAGCUAACCUUAAACUUAAUGAAAAUAUGGAAGUGAAAAAAGAACUGGUGAAUGAGAUCCUCACAGCAUUAGGACUGCAGGAGUGCGCACACACUCGCACCAUCUCUCUGUCGGGUGGCCAGUGUAAGCGAUUGGCUAUUGCUCUGGAGCUGGUUAACAACCCUCCUGUCAUGUUUUUUGAUGAACCGACCAGUGGUCUAGACAGCGCGUCCUGUUUCCAGGUGGUGUCCUUGAUGAAAUCUCUGGCUCUGGGAGGAAGAACCAUCAUCUGUACCAUCCACCAGCCCAGUGCAAAACUAUUUGAAAUGUUUGACAAGCUUUAUAUCCUGAGUCAAGGUCAGUGUAUAUAUAAGGGGACAGUACCAUACCUUAUCCCCUACCUGAAAAACCUUGGACUCCACUGCCCCACAUACCACAAUCCUGCAGACUUUAUAAUCGAGGUCGCCUCAGGAGAGUACGGUGAUCUGAAUCCUGUGCUCUUCGAGGCUGUUCAGGGAGGCCUGUGUUCAGAUGAGAGCAAGAAGAACUCCAUUGACAAGAAUGACCCCACCACAUCCUGCCCCUCCCAGUGUUAUAAUGAUUCAGGCUACAUUGAGAAACACACUUUUGCCACCAGUACCCUCACACAGUUCUGCAUCCUCUUCAAGAGAACCUUCAUCACAAUAUGCAGGGACACGGUAUUAACCCACCUGAGGGUGAUGUCACACCUGUGUAUUGGUGUGCUGAUUGGUCUGCUGUACUUGAACAUUGGGAAUGAUGCCAGCAAAGUGUUCAACAACACUGGCUUCCUGUUCUUCUCCAUGCUGUUUCUCAUGUUCGCUGCACUCAUGCCCACCGUCCUUACAUUUCCAUUGGAGAUGUCAGUAUUCUUAAGGGAGCAUCUUAAUUACUGGUACAGUCUAAAGGCGUAUUACCUGGCUAAGACCAUGGCUGACAUUCCAUUUCAGGUCAUUUGUCCGAUAAUGUACUGCAGUAUAGUGUACUGGAUGACAGAGCAACCUCCAGAGGCAGCAAGGUAUCUGCUCUUUAUGGCGCUGUCCACCUCCACUGCCCUAGUGGCUCAGUCUCUGGGGCUUCUCAUUGGAGCAGCAUCCACCUCACUACAGGUUGCCACAUUCGUAGGUCCAGUCUCUGCCAUCCCAGUCCUUCUGUUCUCGGGCUUCUUUGUCAACUUUGACACCAUCCCCAAAUACCUUCAAUGGAGCUCCUAUGUGUCGUACGUCAGGUAUGGCUUUGAGGGCGUGAUCCUCUCCAUCUAUGGCAUGAACCGCUCGGAGCUGGAGUGUCCCGGCGUGGUGUGUAAGUUCCAGAAACCAGAAGAGGUGCUCCAGCUGCUGGAUGUGGAGGACGCUAAGCUCUACGUGGACUUCAUUGUGCUGGGGGUCUUUUUCGUAGUUCUGAGACUUGCCACGUACCUUGUUCUGCGGUAUAAAGUCAAGUCAGAGCGUUAGGGCCGGAGCUCCUCUUCAGACUUAUAUUUCAUUUACCAUACACAUAAACUCAUAAAUGCACAUAACAAUCUUUUUUGCAAUGGACGCAGAAACCAAUGCAUAUUGAUUCCGGGGCCAUUAUUUGGCAGUGCAACAUUUAUUCUCAGUUUUUGUUACUUGAAAAAUAUUUUUAAUUCUCUAAGUAUAGAAUAGUAAAUUAAUAUAGAGGGGUUUUUUUUUUACUUUAAUUUUCAUUUUUGAAUGUAUUCCAUGCAAUUUGACUGUGUAAAUUUACCCGUUACUGAACAUUGAAGCAUGAGUCUGUUGACAGGACUGGAUGUAUUUACACUGACAAUCUCAUGACAGCCACCAAUAGCAUGUGGAUUGGCCAACAGCCAACAUAUGAACAAGUCUCUUUAUACCAGAUUGAAGGAUCAUCAUAUUAUCUCACUGUUAAUGCAUUUCAUUCAGUACUUACAUUCAUUCAGUUGAAGAAAGGCGUCAAUAUGUGUUUUGGAAAAGAGUGCACUGCAUGCUUGGGGCUCGGUUCAAGCAGCAGAAGUGAGAACUCUGGGAUAUCACAGACUAUAAGAAUCGUCCAACCAGCGUAUCUUCAAUUCCAUUUUUGUCUUCCCACAAUACACUGAGCUUGAGGAGAAAAAUAUCUUCUCCGACCUACUGAAUAUAAAGACUUUCGUGAUCUCCCAAGGCAAUUCUGGGCAAAGCAUCCACGUCAACCUAAAUCUAACUGUCUGAGGAAUGUUGAAGUAAGUGCCCUUGAUGUGAACUGCCUAUAAUUUUUUUCUGAAGGGGAAUCUGAAAUCUUGUUUGAGAAACAUUUCGGCAUUUUGUCAGUAACCAUCUGUCUUGUUACCUUGAAUUCUCUGACAACUGCCUCUUUGGUAUCCUGAGAGAAACACGAACAAUAGUUUGUGGGCUUUUGCUCUCUCGUUUUCAUCAAACCUUGAACUUGUACAAUAAAAAACUCCCUACAGUGACCAAAAAGAUAAAAAACUCAAUGUAAAUUGGGGCUGAUCAAAAGCACCACUGAACUGACUGCAUUUAGCCAGGAACAACACAUAUCAAAUGUCAGAAAAACAUUUGCAAUCCUAAUGUCUGAUAUUGAACAUCUUAUGCGAGCAUCCUUUACUGUUCAAAGGACUCUCUGGCCUGUUACUUUGUGCUUCUUUUGCGAGUGUUCCCUAGACACUUAAUCUGCACUUCUGAGGAUAUCAGGACAUUUGGAGUUAGUUGCAUUUGACACGAUCAUAUACCUGGAUAGAGAUGCUGGAUGAACACUUCAACUUCUUCAAUAUGCUUUUCUGGAUGGAUAAAUCUAUACCUCUUGUUUGCACCUGUAUGUACACUUCCUUUUCCUUGCUUCUCGGCCCUAGCAGCCAAGCUAUUCAAUACUGCAACGCAAACAUCUUCACAACUGACUCGAUGAAAUCUUUUUGAGUCCUGCUAUGUGUUAUGUCUCCUUAUAUAAUGAAGACUACUAAUAAUCUGAGUAUAUACACAAAGAAAAGUAUAUGUGUUAUGCUUUAAUUAAGCAAGACUGUAAAUACAUGUAUGCACUUUUGUUGAUGUUGUUUUAUUGGAACUUUUUUGGACAUUCAUUUGUAAUUAAUUUUAUUUUUAUAUCUGAAAAUAUGACAUGCAAUUCUGGAAAAGGGAGUGUUGACUGGAAACUGCAUGACGAAAUUUGGAAUCAAAACACAUAAUGCUGUGUCUGAGGAAUUUAUGUUGCACAUGUACUGUAAUCCAGAAAAUAUUCCCAAAAUAGUUGAAUAAUCUGCAGCAGGUUAAUUUUAGGACAUCUUUGUUUUGUUUUAGAAUGUUGCCAUUGGCAAGUUGACGCCACUUGAGCCAUGUGAGUUGUAAAAAUGUGAUAUAUAGGUUUUGAGACAGGAAGGUGGCCCUCAGAAAGGUCAGUAGCAUUUAGCUCUAACACAUAGUACUGUAAGGUACGAUUGCUCUUUUUCUAGAACAAUCUGUCCACCGAAACAUUGCACACAGCUUUAAAGAUGAUUUUUUGUUCAUUCUGCAAUUGAAGAAUUGCUGCUAUAAAAAAAGUUUUGCUUUUUUGCCAUAUGGUAUACCCAGGGAAAACUAGGUCAGCUCUUGGUCGUGGAUGCUUUCGGAACAUAGGCUCCAUUUUCAGAGCUGCUUCAGAGCAAGGGAUCAAUGAAAUUAUUAGCUGCUCGACAGUCAACAAUCCAGUAUUCAAUACUGUUUGACUCUAAGCAAUCAGCAGCCGCUUAGACAAAGAGUGUUAAAUGUUCUAUUUCCUUUAGAGUCAUUGGAGAGGUUUAGAAUAAGGAAAUGUUCACCAUCAAGAAUCUUUCUUCUAGUGGUACACAGACAUCUGGUGUAGAGUUGGGUAAUACCUGUUUCUAAUAGCAAUAGUAUUGUUCUGUGCCUAGUGAGUGAUAUUUCCUGUCUAAUCCUUGAAUAUUCAGUAUAUUUCCAGUGUUCGUCUGUCAAUUCUCUAUUGUGUACAAAUCAUCAUUUUCCGUGUCUGUGUCAUUAGUAUGUGUCAAUAUGGUUUUCUGUAUGUGAAAGUUGAGAGACACCCGGAUGAGAUCAUUUCACACACUCAUAUUUAAUUAUGUUAAUUUCUCUAAGCAAAAUCACUUUCUUUGUUACGCAGCAUGCAUGCCUUAACGAAUAAAAAGCCUUUGACAGUUCUCUCUCAGAUUAGAAAAUAAAAAAAGAUAAGCAGGUAAAGUGCAAAUCGAUUUUCAAAAUAUUGAAAAAGACUUCUGUUGAUUCAAUUUUAUGUAUGAAAACAUUCUGCGAGGUUUGGCUUGCACAGCAGAUGUGCAGAAAACAAGAGUUACUCCAGAUAGCUUCCCUGCUGCAUAAUUAUUAUGUUUGCCUCAUCAGAAAUGCAAGUUAUGUGUGCUAAACCAUGUUCAAAUGAUUAUAAUAAAUGCAUUUAUAUAUUACCUA